AUGAGUGAAGACAAGCGUCCUGUCACCCUGAAAAUCAUCCUCAUAGGAAACUCUGGUGUGGGAAAAUCCUCCAUCAUGAACAGAUAUGUGAACCAUCGUUUCACCAACAUGUACCGAGCCACAGUUGGGACGGACUUCCUCUCCAAAUCUGUCCACAUAGAUGGAGACUGGGUGAGCCUGCAGAUCUGGGACACGGCAGGCACAGAGAGGUUCCAGUCUCUGGGAACCCCUCUGUACAGAGGAAGCCACUGCUGCCUGUUGGUGUUUGACGUCACCUCCACCGCCACCUUCAGCGCCCUGGAUGUGUGGAGGAAGGAGUUUCUGGUCCAGGGUGAACCUGAGGAUCCAUCCAACUUCCCUUUUCUUGUACUGGGAAACAAAACGGACCUGGGUAACAGAGAGGUGUCUCGCAGAAAGGCCCAGCAGUGGUGCGAGGAAAUAGGAGCAGAGUACUUUGAAGGAAGCGCCAAAGAGGACGUGGACAUGGAGAAGCCCUUCGUGAGGGCGGCGGAGCGAGGCCUGCAGGAGUACAAAAAACACACAUUGGAAAAUACAGGACAUUUCCAGAUAACCUGCGAACAGCCGAGAGGAACUCCUCGUAACACCUGCGAGUGCUGAGGGGAGCACUCGUCCCGGUGUGGGGGGAGGAGGGGGUUCAGACCUCGGCACUGCUGAUGAUGACCUAUCUAACAAGGGUGCAAAAAUAGUGACCCAGCAAAGGUACUGUGGAAGGAAAGGACACAAUUGUAUACCACAUGGAGAGAAGAACAAACUCAUUAAAUGUUUUUUUU